UCUGCCGUACCCCGCAGCCGCCCACAGCGCGCCUCCUCCGCUCUCCUCGGAGCCGCAGCGGUCGUUCAUAUGAGCGCGGCGUUCAGUCCGUCCUUCAUGGUGAUGCAGCGGCCACUCGGAAGCACCACCGCCUUCAGCAUUGACUCUCUGAUCGGGGGGCCCCCGCAGCCCAGCCCGGGACACUUCGUCUACACCGGCUACCCGAUGUUCAUGCCGUACCGGUCGGUGGUGCUGCAGCCGCCGCCCCCGCCGCCCCCCUCCCUGCAGCAGGGGCUCCCCACCGGGCACCACCCGCACCCGCAGAUCCCCAGCCUGCAGAGCGGCUUCUGCUCCAGCCUGGCGCAGGGCCUGACGCAGGGCAUGGCGCUCACCUCCACGCUCAUGGCGUCGCUGCCCGGCGGCUUCUCCCCGUCCCAGCAGCACCAGGACGCGGCCAGGAAGUUCGGCUCGCAGGCGCUGCACGCGGUCUUCGAUAAAACUCAGGACCUGCGGCUGGACGGGGAGGACGGGAAGAGCUUUCUGCAGGGCAAAGAGUCCGCGGCGCUGCAGGCUUUCCACGACACCGACACACCGGUGCAAACAUCCACAGUCAGAGCACUCGGUAAAGACGACUCGAAGGAGGACGAGUGCGGCCGGAAGGAUGAGAGUUUCUCCAUGGACAGUGACUUGGACUACAGCUCCGACGACAACCUCACCUCCAUGUGCCACAAGGAGGACGGGGACGGCGGCGGCGGCCUGGACGACGGGCCCCACAUGCACGGCUCCUCGUCCGGCGGCGGCUCCGGGGCCGGCGGAGGCUCCGGGGGCGGCAAGAACCGGCGGCGGAGGACGGCGUUCACCAGCGAGCAGCUGCUGGAGCUGGAGAAGGAGUUCCACUGCAAGAAGUACCUGUCGCUCACGGAGCGCUCGCAGAUCGCGCAUGCGCUGAAGCUGAGCGAGGUGCAGGUGAAGAUCUGGUUCCAGAACCGGCGCGCCAAGUGGAAACGCGUCAAGGCCGGAAACGUCAACAACAAAUCCGGGGAGCCGUCCCGGAACCCCAAAAUAGUGGUUCCCAUCCCGGUGCACGUGAGCCGCUUCGCGAUCCGGAGCCAGCACCAGCAGAUGGAGCAGGCCAGACCGUAGAAGAAGAAGAGACCCGGAGCCGCUUAGCACGACCUGAGUCCCGUAUUGAUGUUUGAUUCUCCUCUUUCCCUCCGUUUACACAUUUUAACACAAAAACAACAACAUUAUUAUUAUUAUUAUUAUUUACCUCAAAAUAACUAAGGCGCCUUUAAAUCAUCCCCCACACACAUUAAUCACAUUUAAAGGAAACAUUUGACGCAUUUAUUUACCAAAAAAACCGGAAAAAUUCAAAAGAUGAUGCCACUUAAUUUACAAUACUGGUUUAAAAAACAAUAAUAACACGUUGAUCACGAAUCCUGAAUUCACAAAAUAAUAAUAAUGGAGAUCUGAUUGUCUCUCACAAAGGAAAUCAAAAUAAGUGAAUUAAUUACAACAGUGGCUGAUCCUUUAGAGUGAAAAACUUCUUCUAUUAGGCUCAUAAAAAUCUUUAUGUUAUUAUUUGUUUGGGCUGUUUUCCAGACUUCAUCAUAGCUCGUUUUGAUGAGGAAGAAGUUAGAAUCUCAGGAAUGUGAACAGAAAAAGGAGCGAGCUGCUUGUAAAAUAUGGACGUUUUGAAAAGUGACUUCACUAAUAUUUCAGUCUGACAAAGUCAUUUUGGCGAAAUUAUGGCAGCGAGUAUAAAAAAAAAAUCACUUUUCCCCAACGGAGUUUGGUAUUAUAGCCACUGAAGAUUUUCUUUGAAACGCACACAAAAUUAACAAAUCUUUAAAUUUCAUGUUUGAGUCUGAAAGUGUAAAUGUGAGGAAAUUGUGGCAGCGAGUUUGGUUUUAAAUCACUGAAAAUUGACGUUUGGUUUGGAGAAACCUGUUGAAUGAAACAGGUUUGUUUUGUUUCAUUUCAGACUUCAUCAUUUUUUUCUUCUUUACAGGAAAUUAAAAAAAAAAAAUACACUUUUUUCAAGCGUCAACACGAGACUCCGUGGCUCGUUAAGCUGGACAUUUCUCUGCAGGACGAACCUCUGUAUGAAAAUUAAUCUUUUUGGAGCGACACCAAAAACUGUGCGUAAAGACGAGCCGCUGAGGAGGAGGAGUAGGAGGAUGAUGAAGAGACACACUAACAUGUUGCUUCGGCACACACACACACACACAUUCUCUCUCUCUCACACACACACACAC